AUCGAAUAUGAAACCUUUCAUGAAAGCUGUUUCGCCUAUCUUGACUUCGUGUAACAUGCAGAAAACACACAGAGUCAGUGUAUGCGGGGGUACAUUUAUAGCGCGACUUUGCGCGCUUCUGAAGCCUGCAUCCUCUCCUCUUCAACGCGCAUCGGAAUCUACUUAUACUGUGAAUUUCCACAGAGGGGCUCUCAAUCAGAGGACUUUCUACCCACCUCGCCGCUCAAAAUUCUCAUCAUGUCUUUUCUUCAACUCAGCCCAGAACUUGUUCUAGAAAUUGCAGGAUACUUGGAACAGAUCGAUUUACUAAAUGUGUCGCUGGUCUGUAAGGGUCUACGCGAAACGACGAAAUCAUCUCUCCACCGAGAAUACAACAAUGUCCAUAUCAUGGGAAAUUCAUUUGUCGAUGUUAUCAACAGAAUCAUAGAUGGUGAAAUUGAUGGGAGAUCCAUCAAAACCGUACGCUUGCGACCUUGGUUUUCCCUGUCAAGGCUUCUCGACGAGGAUCCAGAUGACCGUCGACGACGAGAACGCAUGAUGACGAAAGACCAAUACCAGAAACUCACAGAAUGUGCAAAGGCCCAAGGAUUGAUCACUGACAUCCUGUCCUUCAAAGAAAGAAGUCCUAUACUGAAAAUAAUGAAAGAUUUCGAAGGAAUGUUGUCGAGGUCGGACGAAUUGGUUUUGCCUCCAAAUGUUUACGACGACGAUAUGAAGGAUGGGGAUGUGCCGUUAGAUCGCAGGUUCUGUGAUCACAUUCGACUAGGACUAGAAGACGCCUUGAUCAUUCUUCUCUUAUCGCUCUCGCCAAAUCUACAAGCUAUCAGGCUCGAUGGGGUGUCCCCAGAUCCCCUUUCUUUGGGCUGGGAUCUAGAUGGCUUCGACUUUCCUGAACUGCGUAGACUGACUGUUUCGGGUGACAGUGGCCUAAUCCCCUUUCAUAUUGCUACCUUGGAACGCCAACUGCUGAGCAAAAAGCUGCAGACACUCGAAAUGAACGUGGCAUCGUGCAGCGUGGUGAACGGACCCAUUAUACCUCUGUAUCUACCCCCUCGAUCGUUGUUCCUGAGCACAAUCCGAUUGGAGUACAGCGCAAUCCCAUAUCCCGAUAUGGAGACCUUGCUCAGAGCCUGUUGCGCUUUGAGAUCAUUCUUCAUGUCCUUGGGUCGCAAGCUUGUGUGCCUCGAGUGUGUGAACCCAGCACAGCUUGUCGAAUCUUUAAGCCGUCACAGGAAAACCUUGGAAUAUUUUGGACUCCGACAAUACCAAAGCGACCACCCGGGCAUGCAAGUGGAUAUCCCAUCACUGGCUGAAUUCACGGCGCUGAAGAAAAUUGAAGUGGAUGCAGAUGACUUCAAGUUCGUCGAAGCAAAUGAGAGCAACUACGACUACCCGGACGAAAAGAAACUUCGCAAUGUACUACCGCCUUCUUUGGAGCAAUUGGACAUACUUUUCGGGGCAGGAUGCGACGGAGUCUCGCUCGCCGAUUUUCAAGACUUUUUAACUGUUCGCGAGAAAACAUGUCCGGCUCUGAAAAGUGUCCGGAUCGUCACUGCCCACCCGAACAAGGUUCGGCGACGUAAGGCUAUACCAGAAAAGCUCACAGAAUCGCUGCGGGUGGAAUAUGUUGGAAUCGAUUCGUUCAUGCGUGGUGAGAGUUGUUUCGUAGAUGCCGAAGGCUACUUUGACACACCUCAAAAGGAGACUCGAUGGAAUGGCACGCAAUAUGUUCAGGUACCUGUGGACUAUACUCGAAGAUUCGAAAUGGAGAAAGCCAUUAGAGAUGGUUAUGAUGGUCUCAGUGAUGAUUCCUCUGAGUACGAACGUAAUUUCGAGUGGGGAUCUUGGGAGGAAAGCGGAGUCGAUGACGACGAUGAGGAGGAUGAAGAUGACGAACAUGGAGGAGCAGAAGCAGAGGGAGACGAUGACAUCGAUGAUGAUGAAGACGAAAAUGAUCAAGGAGGGUCGUCACCUGAUGAUAGCUCAAGCGAUGGUCAUUGAAGGAUUUUAAGACUUUCCUGGCGAUGGUCUCAAUGGUACCGAAUGCUAGAUCUUCUCUAUCAAAUCCUUUAGAGUGCUAUAGCUCUAGUUCCUGCAUCCUUCACCGUUGGUAAAGGCCUAUUGGGAAAACGGCAACAACUCCUCAUUAUGGCGAGCCUAACAUUUUUAUUUGGAACACGUGGAGAGAUU